UUUUCUCAAAAGUUUGUGGGUUUUUGGCUGCUAAAAAUGUUUGGAUUUAUUCAUGAAAGUAUACGCCAAAUGAUGAUUAGAAUGUUUGGAGAAGAAUUUUGGAAGGAAGCAAUGCAUAAAGCUGGUUUUGAAAGUGGAAAAGAAAACGUAAUAAAUCAUCAUUAUCCAGAUUCUGAUACUUAUGCAAUUGUUGAUAGUGUUAGUAAUUUAGCAAAAAUUCCAAGAGAAGAAAUAUGGGAAAUGUAUGGAGGAUUUUUAGUUGAAUAUACAAUGGAGACUGGUUGGGAUCAAAUGUUGAGAGCUAUGAGUCAAAAUUUAAAGGGGUUUUUAGACAAUUUGGAUUCUCUUCAUUAUUUUAUUGAUCAUGUUGUUUAUAAAGCAAAUCUUCGUGGUCCAUCUUUUCGUUGUGAAGAAAACUUGGACAAAACAAUAACUUUGCAUUAUUUUACAAGUCGUUCAGGUUUAUAUCCAAUUGUUAAAGGUGUGAUUAGAGAAGUUGCUCGUCGUGUUUUUACAAUGGAAAUAAGUAUAACUGUUACAGGAAGGACUCAGAGAACAGUCCAAAUGUCAGCUGGAGAGCGUGUAGAAGAACACGUUACGUUUUUAAUAAAAUUGGGGCAAUCUCGACAAACAAGUCCAACACAACAAAAUAAUGACUUGAAAGAAUUAGAAGAAAAUCAACAACAACAACAACAUAAUAAUCGAAUCCCCUCAAUUACAAAUGAAGGAGUUGAAGGAGAACUUUCGGUUUUAUUCUCAGCAAAUGACCGUUUAUUGGAAGAACCUUUAAUUCCAAGUCCGUGUCCAACUUGGCAAAGUAGCCAAACAAAUACAAUUAUUGAUUCUUUUUCUGAUUGGGAAUUGCGUAUUGGAAAGGCUGAUUAUGCUGGGCUUCUGCCGUACCAUAUUGUUGUUGAUCGUGAUUGUAGACUUGUUCAAUUUGGGAAAGCUUUAUAUAAUCAUGUAACACCAGAAUUAUUACAACCGGGCACUCCACUCGUCAGAAUUUUUGAAAUUUAUCGUCCACAAAUUCCUUUAGACUUUGAAUCUAUUUGCAAUUUUAUUAAUGCGGUUUUUGUAUUACAAGUUAGAACAUCCCCUCUAAGUUUACAACAAUCACAACAAGGUGGGGGUAGUCAACAAACAAGUCAACGCUCACCAACAGAUUUACCCCCAACUUCUAAUGAGGGAGGGUUUGAAGAAUUGUCUGUUGCUAUGCAUGCACAACAUUUAAAAUUAAAAGGCCAAAUGAUGAUGAUGAGUAGUGGAAAUGAAUUAAUGUAUUUAUGUUCUCCAUAUGUAACAUCAAUUCCAGAAUUGUUAAAAUAUGGACUUCGUUUAAGUUCAAUACCUUUACAUGAUGCUACUAGAGAUUUAAUUUUAUUAAAUCAACAACGACUUUCUGAUGUUGAAGCAAAUCUUCAAUUGGAAGCAAACAAUGAACAAUUGGAACAAAUGGCAAGAGAUUUGGAAGCUGAAAAGAAAAAGACGGAUACUCUUUUGAGAGAAAUGUUGCCAGCUUCAGUGGCUACAGCUUUAAUUAAUGGAUAUAGUGUUGAUGCACGAGAAUACCCAGAAGCAACAGUUCUUUUUUGUGAUGUCCCAGCAUUCCAAUCAAUUGUCCCUUUUUGUCAACCAAAAGGAAUUGUUAGAAUUUUGAAUGAUUUGUUUACAAAAUUUGAUAGAUUGGUUACUUUACAUGAUGUUUACAAAGUCGAAACAGUUGGUGAUUCUUAUAUGACAGUUGGUGGUGUUCCUGAAUCUGUUAGUGAUCAUUGUGAAAGAAUAUGUCAUUUGGCUCUAGGAAUGAUCUGGGAAGCUAGAGGUGUAAUGGAUCCAGUUUCAAAAAAUGGACUUCGAGUUCGUUGUGGUAUCCAUACAGGAAAUAUAGUCGCUGGUGUUGUUGGGGUUAAAAUGCCUCGUUUUUGUCUUUUUGGAGACACUGUAAAUACUGCUGCCAGAAUGGAAAGUCAUUCACCACAAGGCAUGGUUCACACAAGCGAGUCUGCUACUCGUUCUGCCCAGAGAACUGGCCGUUUCGAAUUUGUUUGUCGUGGACAAGUACCAAUUAAAGGCAAAGGAUUGAUGAGGACAUUCUUUUUGUUGCGUUCUUUUAAAAAAUCUGUAUGGGAAAUAAUUGACAGAGUUAGAGAUGAGAAUAUAAACAGCAUUGAUGGUUAUGAAGAAUUAGCAUCUGGAAUGGAUUUGCGUGGCAGCAGUCAAUUAAAGACACAAAAUAAUAGUGGUAGAGGAAUGACAAAUGCUGAUGAAAUGGAUGGAAUAAAUACAAAAUCUCCCUUGUGUAUGGUUACGUAA